UGUUCGAGCCUUUAUCAGUCGCGCGAUCUCAGUCAGUCACUUCAGUUGGUUUAGCAGCUUUGCAUCGCUUGCUGUUUCUGCUCAAUCCGACUGUUAAAAUCCGUGAAUACUUUGUCCGAACUGUGUGAUCUCUGAUCUGCGUGAUCUCUGAUCGGCAUUAGGAGAGAUUUCCACACAGAUUUUCGACAGAACAGAGGGUAAAGCACCAGCGUGUGAAAAAUGCCCCAGUACAAACGUGUACAUUUCGAGGAGUCCACAGAGCUCCUCCCCCUCCUAACCAUCAGAGGAGUAAAGCCCCCACACCCCCCACCUGAAAGGAGCUCCAACAUAAAACCUGAGAGCCGUAGAGUUGUUUCCGGCAUCUCAAGGAAUGCUUGGAGUAUAGAGUCGACAUACCCCUUCAUAAACAUCAAAGGUGUUGGUGUGUUCUCUCCACACCCCCCGCCUGACCUGAGGUCACAUACAAAACCUGAGAGCCGUAGAGCACCGUCCGGCAUCUCAGUGGAUUGUGGGAACGUUAAUGCUCCCCAACAAUCAAAACACCUCCGUCCCUUAAACCACAGAGGCGUUGGUGCAUUGCGGCCACAUCCACCAGACAGAAGCUCUGUGAGGGAUCCCGACGGCCGCAAAACCAUCCUCAAAGUCUUGAAGGAUUAUGGGGACAUUACUGGCCUCCCUCCCGUAAACUGCAAAGGUGUGCCGCGUUCAGACUUACAUGAAAGAUGUAAAGUUCUUCCUGCCAUUACAAAGGCCUGUAAGAACAUUACUGCUCUGCAGCAAUCCAAGGACCUCCCCCCCUUAAACGUCAGAGGUGUUGGUCUACAUUCACCACAUCCACCAUCUGACGUUACCCCUCAAAUUAAACCUGAGGGCCACAACGUUCUUCCCGCAACCUCAGAGAAGGAAUGCGGGAACAUUAAGGGUUCCCAGAAGUCUAAACUUCUUCCCUUAAACCAAAGAGGACUGAGGCCAAAGCCACAGAAGAAAAUACAGCGGUGGGAACCUAGUGAUGAAACUUUUGCUUUCAUCUGUAAAAGAAUGAUAGAAGAUACGCAGAUGGACCGAGCGCAUCAAAACAGCCUUUCUGUAGCAGAUCGAGAGACAUUCUCAUCUAGGUGUAAAAAACUUAAAAUGGAUGACAUGAAGGAUAUCAUUUGGAGAAAGAAGAGUUGAGGAUACGGUCGCUACACGUACUGUUGAAGGAGGCUGAAGGAACCCUGAAGGAUGCCCGAAUGACUCUUUGAGAUUACACACACACACACACAUCAUGACAGACCCACAUGUUUUGUGUGGAGAGAAGCAUAUUAUUGUCUGUCACGACAUAAUAUGCAUUCUCUCCGGUGUCUGGUCUCUAAGUCCCGCCCCCUCAUUAACUUCCCCUUAGUGUUUGAGCCCAGUCACCUGCCCGUCACUCUCCCUAUGUUAUCGUCCCUCAUUAGUGGUCCCCUUUAUGUAGUCCCAGUCAUCUCUGUCCCUUGUUGGUUCAUUGUUCUUCGUACCCGGUUCGUGUUAGUCCCUGUCUAGUAUAUCUUGUUCCUGCCUUGCAUUGUCCAUUAUUGUGAGUUUUGUUUGUUUUGCUUUAGUUCUUGUUUGGCCCCCUAGGAGGAAGUUUUUGUUUGCCUUUUGGGAAGUCUUUUUGUUAUAGUGUUUGUUCCCCCCAUCGUGGGUUUUUGUUUUUAUAUUUUAAUAAAUAUUUUCCAUUAACCCCUUCACUGCUGUCUGCGUCUGGGUUCUGACCACAAUCCCUGACACAUAUAUAGCUGCCAUAUAUCUUCUGACAAUUCUCUGUAUUUUUCUUUGUCAACAGGAAAUGUCCACUACACACACUAUUGAAGGAAACUGAAGACAGAGGAGACCCGAACCUCUUUGAGAUUACACACACACAUGCACAUUAAUGCGCGCACGCAUUCACACACAAAUUAACACACACACUCUGUGUCACAUGUAUAGUUUCGCUUUUUCCUCAGCAAAGUGUAAUGCCCCAUUCAGAUUAUACAGUUUUUUGGCGUGUUAAAGGAUUAAAUUAAAAUAGUCGUUGGGUCGCUUUUUUGUUUCGAAAUGUCACAGACGCAUUGACGGUUGUAUACUGAGAUAAACGAUCGAGUCGUCGCUUACAAAUCACUCCAACACACUACAACACACGAAUCGUGCCAAGAUCGGGCAGAAUUCAUAUAAUCUGAACUGGGUAUAGGGAAGUAAUGAGGCUGACCGAGAAGAUUAUAGUAUUAUGUCGUCUUUACACAGCAAAGGCGGCACAGAAACCGAAUCUGAAGCAGCUUAAAACCACGACAAUGAGCAUUUACACAGAGCGUUAAUGCGGCUCUAAAGCGGCAUAAAUGCAUUUACACAGGAAUUAAAAUAAUGUGAAAUAAUGCAGAACAUAACCACAAAAGCACAGUUCUAACAAUAUGCUGAUAAAAUAAUAUCUUAAAUUAAACAAUAUAAACUCAAAAUAUUGAAAGACGCCAAAAGUUGUUUUAAAGAGCCACAAAUGUCGACCAGGUAAAUGAACAGUUCCGAUGUUACAGCAAAUGUUACCAGAUCGUUUUCGUGUAUGAAAUACUGUCCUCAAUGAGAUGCGUUUGGAAAUAUAACGACAAAAUCCUGAAUUUCAAUCCUAGCCCGACAAGAACCAAAUAAUUUACGCUCCUAGGGCCGGGCAUCUGUCCUCACUUUACGAUCUGGACCGAAGCACACUACAUUAUUAUGAUGCGACUGUUUUGAGGUAAACAGUAAGAAAAGCAGAAACUCUCUCAUCACAACACAAUGUUAAGUUUGUGAUUUAUUAUGUGUUCGACUUCAUGCGUGUGUUGCGGAGACCCAUCUGCUUAAGUAACACGAGAGCUUUUCAAAUAACUCUGCCACACUGCAUAAUGUCCGACAAACCUAAUAUUUGAAGCCGUUUGAGACGCACAGUAAAACAUGUCUGCAUGUGAUCGUGUCACACGUACCGGAAGUUUUUUCCACGAAGGAGAGGAGCUUAAGGAGGAAUUCAAACAAAGUCAUGAGUUCAAAUAAAAAAAUCUGCAUGCCGGGCCUGAGUCACAAACGAUCAUACUCCAAACAUUUUUCUAAAUUAACUUUAAAAAGAAACGAAACAAAAUAAAUGUAAUUUGCCAUUAAAAACUAAUCUAAACUAUUUUAAUGGCUGAAAACGGUCUCAAAAUUUACAUCCUGCAUUCAAAUUGUGCCACAGCCUGCCUGAGUAAACAAAAAUACUCCAAACAUUUUUCCUCAUUAAAUAAUUUUAUGAAGAAAUGAAACGAAAAAUUUGUUUGAAUUAUUCAAAAAACCUGUGUUGUUAUUAUUAGCCUAAAACAAAUGUGGCUGUGUGUUUUUGGCUUUAUCUUCACUCUCUCACUUUCUGCUGACAUGACAAUAGUUUAGAGCGGCUUUAAUGCGCCUUCAUUUACAAUCUGAUUGAGAAUCAGUUAAUAUCCGUGAAUAUUUUGUCCGAACUGUGUGAUCUCUGAUCGGCAUUAGUCGAGAUUUACACACAGAUUUUCGACAAAACCGAGCGUAAAGCACCAAUGUGUGGUGGUUAAUAACUAACACUUUCAUGUCAAAUGUAAAAUCGUAUCCUGAAAUGGUUGUAUAUUUAAUAAUAUUUGGAGAGUUACACAAACAUAAAGGAGAGUUACAGGAUAUGUUAUUUCUAUGAUCUGUCAGCGAUGGAAAACAGUCUUUAAGCGAAAGUCAUCGUGUAUCUGUCAAUAAAAAAUAUAUAUUUUUAUCUGCCAGUAGGGGCAGCCAAAAAAUUCUUGUAGUUGAUCCAUUUUAUCUAACUUCUUACAGUAUACUCAUUCUAUUUUUUUUACAUAAAAAAACCCAAAAUUACAGACAAAACUGCCGUUCACUUGCUCCAACUCUUAACACAGAGAUUAAACGCACAUGCACAUAGAUCAGGACAAGGUAAAUAGCACUAUAGAGCCAGAAGAAAUAAAGAGCCGUCCCGUAUCGAACUAAUAAACCAACUAAAUAAACUCAACCCUAAUCUUCAGUACGCCCACAUGCAGCUCAACGGUUUAACCGUCUACCCGCGUCCGACGCACCAAAAACAACAAACUAAAAUAACAAACUAAAAUAAUAAACAGCUUUACAGCUCUACAACCUAACACGGGAGUUCACAUGGCUCUAGGAUUCUAACCAGAAACAUUCUCAUUCUUGGCAAUAGCGCAAAUCUCUUACUUACCUCUGGCAUAUAAUAAAGAAUAACACAAAAUAACAAUACAAAAAUUGAAAUGAAAAAUAGAAAGAAAGAAAACUGGGCUGGAGUGGACUGAAGAACGGCCCAACAGUCUAAGCCAUCCUCCUUUCUGAACCUCCCACUUCUUAAGCCAGUGGCAAUCACAGGUAACACUCCGCACCUGUUCCUGAAGGAGACUGUUCUGACUGAGACCAAAAUCGAAGAACAUCGCCAUCUAAUGGACAAACACAAAACAAUUUGGGUCAUAACCAUAUGAGUGUGUCGGACAGAAUGUGCCAGCAGUAGGGUUGUUCCGAUUGACGAUACUAUCGUGUAUCGACGAUAUCUGAGCGGGCAAACUGAGCCAAUCAAGUCAGUCUGUCCUCGACGUUACACAAACUAAGUUAGCUGUUUGCAAAAUGAUGGCGAUAACACUGUAAUAAAAUAACUGCGUGCUAUUUGCUCUGCAAUUAAAUCAGUUUGGCUUGUUACUUUUAUGAGCUUUUAUAUUAUGAGCUUAAGCUAUAACAUCAGUGAGUCAGUGUGUUUUACAUUAAAGUGGCCAGAAUGGCUAGUUUACACAUUGCGCCUAAUGGCUAAGACAUUUUUAGCAGAUCUUUAAGCUAAUUCUUGUAUGUCUUCCCUGCUAAGUUUUUUUUUGUGUGUAUCUCUGUUAUAUUGCCUUAUUGGAAUUGAGAACACCAUCUUGUUAACCACCAUUCAGUAACAUUAACAGGGAGUUUUUUUAUGAACAGUUUUUUUCAUUCAUUAUUUAUUAUAGGUUUAUUAUAUAGAAAGAGAGCAAAGUGUCAGCAAGGGAGAGAGCAGGGAGCAGGAGGACAUAAAUUGCUUUGUCCGUCCUAUGCCUUCUGUUUUACAAAUAUUUUUAGAUUACCAUCCACAACAGAAUGCCAGAAAUCCACUUGUGCAGAAGGUAUUUACUUGUAAAGAUGGAACCAGCCGGAAGUGGCUCACAUAUUGUGAGACGUCAUGCAUUGUUUUGUGUGUAUUAGUGUUGUCACGAUACUGGAAUUUUUAACUUCGAUUCAAUAAUUUAAAAUAUAUCGAUAUUCGAUACCAUUUUCGAUACCACGGGGAAAAAACUGCCAUAGCAAUAAUGACCUAUUUUUAUUUUAUUUUAUUUAAAGUUAAAUUGAACAAGACUAGACAAUGAGGUAUAUUUUUACAUUAUUUAUUAAUCGUUAAUCUAAUGUUAAUUUUACUAAUACAUUUACUAUUUAAAAUCAAAGUUGUAUUUGUCAGUAUUAAUGGACCAGGCCCUGUUGAAAAAACCAGCCUAUGCUAGUUUGGUAUGUUUUGAUGCUGGUUUGUGCUGGUUUAAACUAUUCAUGUGCUGGUUUAACCUGGUCAAACCAGCAUCAAUCAAAACAUACCUAACCCAGCAUAUGCUGUUUUUUUAACAGGGGAGCUUACAUAAAUAGUUGUAUUUUUUAACUAACAUUUAAAAGAGAUGAAUAAAUACUUGAACAAAUGUAUUGCUCAUUCAUUGUUCGUUAAUGUUAGUUAAUGCCUACAUUUAUAUGAUUAAUUUUUUUUUAUUUGGCUUUUAUUCACAUAUA